CUUACAAUGCUGGACCUUUUUGUCAUCUUCUCAAAAGGUGGGAUCGUUUUCUGGUGCUUUCAAGGCGCUAAUCUGGCCAUCGCACAGCCGGUCAACGCGUUGAUCAAAAGCGUCAUUCUUCAGGAGCGCGGUGGCGGCAAUGGCUUUAACCACGAAUCUCUCAAACUCCAACACAAGCUGGACAACGAAUUUGAGCUUGUCUUUGUGGUUGGUUGUCAGAACAUUCUACAAUUGAGUUACAUUGACCGUCUCUUAGACGACAUGCAGAGGGCGUUUCGGGAGCGUUUUAGGGCCGCCCUGGAGAACGGCACAUACAAUCAUAGCUUUGAUUUUGAUGACGACUUUCGUGUUUUGCUUAAACGGUGCGAGGACGAAGAGAGAGAACGAGUGACACAGAAGAAAGUGAUGCGAACGUUUGAACAGUCAAUCAAAUAUACAAAAUCUAAAGAAGGUGCGAAGAUAGAUCCUCUUGUGAACAAACAACCAGUGAAAGUCGAAGAAUUAAAAGUUGAGAAUGAGAUGCUUUCUGAUGAUGAUGAUCGGAAGCUGAAGAAGUUGGCUAAACUGACUAAGCGGGGUAAAGGGCCGGGCCCUAGGGGAAGAGGGACACAAAGUAAAACAAAGAAACAAGAAGCAACAAAACCAGCUAGCACUGAGAAAAAGGGUAAAGUAGCUCGUGUAUGGGACAAUGCUGGAACAGCCAGUGAGGCUGGAAGUCUUGAUUUCUCCAAUACUGAUCAAUUAAAUGGAGAAACACACGAGAAAGCAAGCAGCAGCGCCGGAAAUGAUGUAAAUAAAAUGGUGGGAAGCAUGAAGGGUGAGCUGCAGUCUGUAGGAGAAGUGGAAUCUGAAGAAGAAGAAGAAGAGGAGGAGGAGGAGGAGGAGGAGGAGGAAGUUGAAGUCGAGUUAGCAAGCCAAACAAAAAGUGGUGCCAAGCAAUCAGGAAAAAGCAUUACAGGUGGACUAUUUUCCUUCUUCAAAGGCCUUGCGGGUGGCAAGACACUCACCAAGCAAGACGUCUCUCCAAUCUUGGAGAAAAUGAAGGAACAUCUGAUUGCAAAAAAUGUUGCUACUGACAUUGCUGAUCAGCUGUGUGGUUCAGUUGCUACUAAACUGGAAGGAAGAGUGUUGGGGACGUUCAGUGUCUCUCCUAACAGCAAAAAACCAGGAAACUCAACAGAAGUUUCACCAUGUAGAGGCCAGAGGCACAUGUACGUCUGUUGGCACGUCUGUUGGCGUUGA